AUGUCCGCCUUCCCCACAACCCUGUCGGCUCUACUUCCCACCCCGCGCCUUCGCACCGACGUCGUCCAAGCUACCGUCAGCACCCCGAUGGCCUUCGGCGUCAUGGCAAGCAACGGUCUCCUCUACCGCGGUUGCAAAUCCCCGGCCAUCAAGUCUUCCAGCGGGGAUAUCGCCGCGACUACUUCAGCCCCAGCCACCGCCACGAUCACCGAAAACAGUAGCAGCGCUUCAGGUGGUCACAGUGCCACCAGCGCGACUACCGUGGCGACGAAUAUUUGCAUGUGGACGAUCAGGAUCGGAAAGAAGGGCGUGAUGGGCGCGAUGAGCGCGUUGCGGGCGUUUCCGACGCUCGUGCUGGGCCGCAAGAGCCGCAUGGUCGCGGGUCCUGGUGCCGAUGAUGCUUCGAGGGGCCCCGGCAGUCGCUGUGGAGAUGUGGGCGAUGUUUUCGAUGAUUCCGCUCUUGACGUUAUCCUGGGGGACUCCACUGUUCCAAAGACGGCCACCGAAAAGACUGGAGCGCGGGAAACCGUUAGCAAGAUUACCAUCCAGGAGACUGUCGACAAGAUUGCCGUCCUGGAGACUGUCAAUGAAAUCGCUACUCAGGAAACUGUUGAAGAGAUUGCCGCCCAUGAGACCGUCAUUCAAAUGGUCUUCCAAGAGAUCGCCUUCCAAGGAAUCGUCCAAGGAAUCGUCCAGGAGAUCGUCCAAGAUAUUGUCGAAGCCAGUGUCCACGAGGCUACUACACAGAAGGCUAUACAGACUGUCUCCGACUCUGCGGAUCAGCUCACCAUCACUGUGCCCACGUCCGAGUUCACGUUCACCGGACCCUUUGUUGAGUGGAAGAAGCAUCAGAGCUGUGGCAGCGAGGAGGCUCAUCACUGGAGUAGCGGCAGCCCCUCCCCUCUGUUCUCCUUGUCUGAUCCGAGCAGGAGGUCAUCAUCCAUCGCCGAGGUCGUAGGUGGUGAGCAAGUAAAGGAGAAGGGAAACGAAGAGGAAAAGAUGGAAGGGGAGAUCAUGAGGGAAGAUGGGAAGAAGAAAGUGAGCGGCAAAAAGAGUCACAAGAAGAAGACCAAGAAACAUCCGGUCAACAAGGCGGCUAUUUGGGGCGGUAAGAAGGGUAGAAAGGGAAAGUGCUAG